AUGCCUUGGUUCAAAAAGGAUCCCAACAGGCCUGCAUUCGUGCUUCUAGAGUCUGCUGUUCCGUUCAAGUCUAAAGCGAGGUUUCUUCUGGGGUCAGUCGUAGUAGACAUUCGAAACCCAACCGACGAUUUUGAGCCGGAUGGUAAAAGCGAAACUGCCUUCCGGGACUACACUCUCAAUGCUCUCGACACGGAUUACAGUGCCUUUUUGAAAGGUAACGACGCCCACAACCUAUCGACAAAGGUUGGACACCUCGCUGGUGUCUCAUCAGACAGCUCGAGUGAAAUAUCGACCAACAUCAAGAGCUCUGUUGUACGGACCAAAUCGCUGAUGCAGCAUUACAAAGUCUUCGAGCAAUUGAUUAGCUCUGAAGCCAAGUCUGACAUAAUCACCUUGAUGGAAAGAAAUGACAGAAAAGCCUUUCUAGUUGUUGGUCUCAAAUCGGUGCUCGAUGCCAGCCAUGUUCAGAAGUUUAAUACCGAAAAGAGUCUCAACGUCAAUAUCAAGGUACCAGUUGGAAAGGGGGCUGAGGCUGCGUCUCACGGAACAGUUCAUUUCGGAGACACCGUCGAUCCAGAAAUCAAUUAUACAAACUCAAGCGGGCAGAAGGUUGAGACUGAAAGUACCAUGACAGGAGAGCGCAUCUUCGCCGUUAGAUACCGAUUGAUCACAUUGCCAAGAAAUAAGCCCAACUACGGAGAUGUCGUCAGGGUUAAGUUUGGUACAGGCGUGUUUGGCGACAAGAAGGAGACGGAGGUUGUUUUUGACGAGGGUGAUGAGGAAGAGGCACAAGGUCGGGAUCCUGUUGUAAUCUCUAAUGAUACGGACGAGAUAUCCCUUUCAGAACGCUAUUUUGAACAUGGCAUCGAAUUACUAGAGUUAGAAAAUGAAUUAGAGGUUGUGUAUUAA